UGAAAAUUUGCUGCUCGCCGCGGUGGAAGGACGGAUGUUUUGUGUUGUGUUGAGGAAAUAGUUUGGGUUUUUUUUUUAAUUAAGGAUAGACGUUGGAGUUUUUCUGGUGUUUUGUUGAAGAGCUGAGUUUAGCUGUGUUGCAUGUCAAAACAUAUCAUAUGCACAAGCUUGUGGAGGUGUUACAUCAUUGUCAUCUGUUUUAUGUAUUUCAAAAAAAAAAUACUUCAAGGAAUGUGUAGAUACCAAUUGCCUUAACGCGGAAACUAACUAGGUGAGUAAAGAAUUAAAGAGUCAAAUAAUUAACCAUAAGACCCAUUUGAAGGAAGUCUUAUUAUAUCUGAACCAUGAUGUGUUAUUUAUAAAAUUUCCGAAAAUCAUAAUUUUUUAGGGACAUGUUUCUGGGAAUAAUAUAUUGAACACAUGCAUAGUUCUUUUUUUUUUUUAAUAUUUUGAUUUCUUCGUUUACAUUUUGGUUUCUAUAAUUUGGCCAUUCCAUAGGGUUUGGCAACGGAAAACAGUGUGAGGGAGGGAUACAAUUUGGAAUAGUCACAUAGCUAAGGAAUUCAUUUUAGAUUAAAUGAUUAAUUUCUUAUUUAUUUUCGAUUCGUAGUUUUAAAAAAAAUUCGACAGAUUGAUAGGGUUCAGGCGCUUUUUAUGAAGUUUUAAAUACAAGUUGUUAAUUCAAGUUGUCAAUUCAAGUUGUCAAUUCAAGUUGUCAAUUCAAGUUGUUAAUUCAAGUUUUUAAUUCAAGUUUUCAGCAAUGAAGUGAACUUGUAACCAAAGGCAAUUAAUGAACUGUCUCUUGAUGAUCUAGGAUUGAGAUUUGAUUUUUGCAAGUUACAAAAUAAAAAGAAUUGACAAAAGCAUCGGCUACAAUAGAAGCUUUGAUGACAGAUAGAAAGGAUUAAGAUGUAGAAGCGCCUUCACGGGCGUGAGCAGAAAUAUUUGCAUGGGGGGGAGGGGGGUCAGUUACGGCCGCAAGGUUGGCUUUUUUGGGGAGGGAUGUCUUUAAGUUAUGAACAGUAGACUAACAGAACUCAUGCAAUUAAAUUGUUUGACAGGUUUCAUAAGUCCUUAUCAACAUUAAGUCCCCUUUUAGUUGUAUUAGUUUUGGUGGGGUUUUCUUUUCAAUUUUAAUGAGUAAGUUUGUAAUUUCAAGGGUGUUGGGGGUACAUGACACACCUUGUCCUGUGAUGCGGGCACCCGUGUCGUUAUUAACUGACAGUAUAAACGGGAUUUUGUGUUGCGUUGACAUCCUGACUGAGGGGUUAUGACUCCGUUAAAAUCGAUUAAAUCAGAUAAUCAAUACCAAAAGCAUGUCUAUAGUAGUUCGAUCAGGUUUACAGGGGUAAGGGCGGGUCUGCAGAUGAAAGAGAAACGGAUUUUAGAAAAUUUAAUUUAGGAAAACUUGUCAUGAAAUGUCCAUUAUUUUAAAUGCCUCCUUUAUUGUAGCAACUUACUUUAUACAAAAAGUAGAGCUGUAUCUAUAAUUUAUCGAGUCUCUCAACAUAGGUGAACACAUGUUGCAUGAGUCAAGCAGUACUUUGGUUCGGAGUGAACGAGUUCCCAUUUCUUGUCCCAUUGUAACAUUUACCGUCAAUCUUAGCGGCUCACACACACACACAUACAAACACACACACCACCCACUUAAAGUUGUUGUUUUUUUUUUCCCAGCAAAACAAGUGUGUGACUCAUCCACCAAGUCUUUAGUUAACUUGUCAGUAGCGUGAGAGUGGGAGCGAUGUUUACUUGAAUGCUCACGGCACGGUGGUGAGGAGGAGGGGUGGAGAGAGGGGUGGGGUUAAAAGGUGAAUUAUAUGAGCCUCAUAACAUAAUGUAUAUGAACUAGUUACCGCGAGCACGGUAGGGGUCAACAGUACAUGCGCACGAAACCAAAGUUGAUGAGAUGGUCCGAUUUGGGGAUUUUUGCGUACGGGUAGUUAUUGGAACAAGGGAGAUGUUUGAAGAAUGAGAACGCAUUGAAUUGUACAGUAAUAGCAUACUUAUUUCAGAAACUGAUUUAUAAGCUUCUUUUUGUAUUAUUUUUAAAACACUAGCAGCUUCCUAUCUUUGAAUCUGGCAUAGUAUAUAAGGUUUAGAUCAAAAACAUCUUUGAAUCUACAAAAUUGUAUAAGAUUUAGUUCAAAGGUAUAUUUGAAUCUUCCAUUAGAUUUAUAAUUUACAUCAAAGAUAUGUUUGAAUCUGCCAUUAGAUAUCAGAUUUAGAACAAACAGAUAAUACGUCGCCUGAUAAGUGGAUCUAGAAGAGGAAGAGAUAAGUGCCUGAUAUCCCUGGAUCCGCCACUGAAUAUUAGACUAGGAUCAAAGAUGUAGCAAAUUUUGUUUGAAGAAAUGUUUCACUAAGCAAGAAUUCAGCAGAAAGGCCACAAUUUUUGUAGUGUUAUUAACAAGUCUUCGGUGAUAGGGUCAUGUCUUCGGUUGUAGAGUCAUGUCUUCGGUGGUAGGGUCAUGUCUUCUGUUGUAGGGUCAUGUCUUCGGUUCUAGGGACAUGUCUUCGGUUUUAAGGUCAUGCAUUUGGUGGUAGGGUCAUGUCUACGGUGGUAGGGUCAUUUCUUCGGUGGUAGGGUCAUGUCUUCGGUGGUAAGAUACAGACUUCCUUGAUAAAAUCACGCAUUUCUCCGGUGGUAAGUUACAGACUUCAUUUAUAAAACCAUGCAUUUCUCCGGUGGUAAGUUACAGGCUUCCUUGAUAAAAUCAUGCAUUUCUCCGGUGUUGCGUUACAGACUUCAUUGAUAAAGCCAAGCAUUUCUCCCGUGUUAAGUUACAGACUUCCUUGAUAAAAUCAUUCAUUUCUCCGGUUGUAAGUUACAGGCUUCCUUGAUAAAAUCAUGCAUUUCUCCCGUGGUAGGUUACAGACUUCCUUGAUAAAAACAUGUAUUUCUCCCGUGGUAGGUUACAGACUUCCUUGAUAAAACCAUGCAUUUCUUAGGUGGUAAGUUACAGACUUCCUUCAGAUCGUCCUUGUUAUGAUCAGUUUUUUCGGUGGUAAGUUCACGUAGAAGCAGCCCCAGAUGUGGGCAAGGCACCGGUCUUAUAUCUUUUGACCCGGCACUGGAUAUUAGCAGGCCAUCGCGAAGACCCUACAACCUAAUGGCGAUUUUUUUAAGGCCCCCAAAUUUGUAAUGUGGAAAAUAAUUUUAUAGACAUUUUUUUUUAAAAUUUGCCUUGUAAAGCUAAAUAAAAAUAAACCUAAAAGUGGCAGGCAGCCUCCAUAAGUCAUCUGACGGUCCUGGAGCAAAGAGUUAGCGGUUGCACACAGAAACGAACCCAGAGGGUGGUGAAAUAUCUGCCUCUAGCUGUACAACUGUUAAAAAAAAAGGGAGGGGGUCUGCUUGGAUGAGGGAGAAGAAGAGACGAGCGUUCAAACAAUAAGUAAGCUUUGUUCCUGAUGUUUUCAGCUUGCUGUGUAAAUAAUUGUAAAGACUGGCAACGCUGGUUGGCCACACCCGUGCACCCAGUUAGCACGUCUCACUACCAUUUUAACAAUUGUGGCAAUAGUUGUUCUUUUUUUAAUGGCUUUCUGUUUACAAUUCGUUAGAUUGGCCAUUGAGUUCGGCUCUGUGCACUCUCUAACCUAUCUGACAUCGUGAUCAAGACACGUUCAAUAGCCCAAAAAACGAAACCUUUUCAAGAGCAACGUUUAGUUUGGCAAAACAAGACAGUGGUUAGUUUACCUUGUAUAAAUUUGCUGGAUCAAUGGGCUACGUUCAAAUUUUUUGUAAAACAGAGUUGCUUGCCCGUGGUUGCCGCCUACUUUUACCAUUUUGGGUUGGUUCCGAAAUCAUGUUUGUUGUUUCUAAACUCGAUUCCAGUCAGUUAAGUGGGGUUAGUUAAAACAGAUCAAUAGUUUUUUUUAAUAAAAUUAUACUUUUACUCUAAUUUUCUAAUAACAAAUUCAUGGUGACGUCAUCCGAUCCAUGUUUACUCAGCCAAAUCAUGACCAUUACAAAUGUUUUGAAAGCGGAGACGAUAUGCACCAACCCAUCGUGCUCUUUUCUCUCCGAAAGUAAAUAUUUUUUUCACCUUAUUGAUCUUCCGCAUAGAUAAAAAAAAAUAAUAAAAUGGAUUUUUUAGGAAAAAUCCUGGAUAUGCAUUUUUGUUUGUAUUUAUGUGAUUGUACGUGAUUUAUGAGUUAUGUGAUUGUACGUGAUUUAUGAGUUAUGUGAUUGUACGUGAUUUAUGAAUUAUGUGAUUGUACGUAAUUUAUGAGUUAUGUGAUUGUACGUGAUUUAUGAGUUAUGUGAUUGUAGAUAGUGAUUUUUGAUAUGAGAAUAUUUUUAUCAAUCUUAGUGCAUGUAAUAAAAAUAUAUUUAAAAGAAGAAUUUGUCGUGUUUAAAGAAAAUAAGUACCAUCGUUUGUAUUCAGUCUAUUCAUAAUGAGAUAGGAUGAAAAUUUACGCAGUCGUUCCAUCUCCACAAACAUCAGCAAACUGCAGAAUUUUUUGCUUGCCCUUUAAUAACGGGAAAACUUACUUGGGGCUUGGGGGUUGGGGUGGAUGAGAAAUUGGGCUGAAAAUUUGAUGAAAUGAGUUGUCAUCGGCACCAAGUCUAUGUGCCAAGUUUCAGCUCGAUAGAAUGACGGCAAGUGGGUCAUUUAGCCUUCUGAAGAUUUUGCCACAGGGAAACACAAGAACAGAAGCGAAAUUAAUAUAGAGGAUUUAAAAAGACAGGGAUGGAUACAUUUACACUUCAAAACUCCUUACCCAAAUAUAAAUCUCAAAAGCCGUGUUGAAUGUUGAUAAAAAGGAAAAUAAUUAUAAAGUGACAAAGUCAUUUUUUUGUGUCGUUUUAUGAAGUAAAAUUCAUAUUCAAAUAAUUAUAUUUUGUCCGAAAAGCCUAAUAUUGAGUUAACUGAACCCAAAAUUUUGGUAUCAGGCACCUCGCCUCAAGUUAUUUCUACAAUGUCACAAAAAACAACCCAUCCUUAAUUUACAUCCAAAAUGUAGCUGUUACAAACCUAACCUUAAUUAAGUCAAGAAUUUCUGUUAAAAAUUCAUGAGAUAAAAAAGAAGGAAAGACUACAGUAAAUAUAAAUCACUUUGCUAAUUUGGAUGCGCUAUUACUUUCAAUACCCUAGAAAAUUAAAUAUAACUUUUCCUAAUGAUGUUUUCCUAUCUUUCAUUAAAUUGUCCAGACUCUCAGUGAAAACCGUUAGAACGACCGAAUUACAUGAUUACGUUUUUGCUGGGAAGGGUACACAUGUAGAAUCUGACCUGACAUUUCUUUGACCAGUUGUUAGCAAUAUGUCAUGUGAAUCUGUAACGCGACUUACGGGGUUAAUUGCUUCUAUCUUGCACAUAAAGAUAGACUUUUAUAAAGACGUUUGAAAUUAAUUUCUAACCGUCGGCUGGUCUGUUUUUGAUACUUGCUGUGGUUCUUACAUGAAAGAAGUACCUUUUAAAAAAUUUGCUACUCGAUAUUCGCAGAAUUCUUUGUAAAUGUUGGUCAGAAUGUCGUGGGACAGAUCACGUGGCCAUCCAGUGCCAUCGCCUGAUUUUUAGAGCGGCGCCCCCCCCCCCCGGCCGGGUUGAUAUGUUUGAUUUUUCCACAUCACAAAUUCGGAAUCCCCAAAUAUCCUCCCAACCACUCCAUGGUCAUCGCUUGUCCUGACUAAACCGAACACACUGUGGUCAUCGCUUGUCCUGACUAGAGUGAAGGGAAAUCUAAUGCAUGGCAAUGAUGUCUCUCUUGAAAACUAGCCAAAACUUUUUUUUUUUUAAAUAAUAAUAUUCAAUACACGGAACAAUGUAAUGCCGAAUAUGCACCAGCAGCAAUAUUACUACCGUUCUUUUUGUUGUGUAGCAAAAUGUGAUGUUUGAAUCAACAGAAGCCGUUUUUUUUUUCUUUCAUAAGCUGUUUCUCUGUAUUGGUCAAAAGCCAAGUACCGAGGGUCGCUUUUGUGCUCAGAGAUGGCUGAGUGGUGGAUGAGCAAGAGAGCGUAGCGGUCAAUGUCCCAUCAAUGCAUAAAUAAAUACAUUACAUGUGAAGCAUUGCAUUUUUCAGUCCAGGAUUUUUGCUUAUCCUGGACUUCCAGGAUAAAAUGGAUUCUCCUCUAUGGAUGCCAGGAUAUUGAGGGUGUAUUAAAAUAUUUUAUAACGUGAAUCAAACUUUAAAGAGAGAUUGUAUUGUAAUUGUUUACUUUUUAUUAUCGUUUAAUACAUUUUCUUAUAUCACGAUGAGCGAAAUAAAUAUUAACUAGAGCUUAACCGAGUCCGGGUAUUUUGAGAAAAUACCCGAAUGGUAAAAAGAAAAAAAAUUAACUUCUUAUUUUAUAUAAACAACAGUCCUACAGAAGUCCUGGAUCCUACUUGUCGAUCUUUAACUAUCCGUGCCUGUGACUCUUUAUUGAUUAAUAUAAUAGUCAUCCCCCGAUAAAUAUAUUUUUUUUUAAAUUCCAUUUGUGAAAACGAAGCAGGACACACCAAAAUCAAUAUAUACAUAUAUACAAUAUAUAUAUAUAUAUAUAAGAGAUUAAUAUGAAAUAUCGAUAUUAUAAUUUCUUUUGUACAGAAAUUUAGAAUAAAAAUAGUUCAUCAAUUUCAUUAAAACUGUAAAGAAUACAACAAAACGUCUUUAAUUUGAUUUUUUUAAAAUUAUUAUUAUUUUUUUAUUUCCCGAAUUAAACUCUUAAAUAUAAUUCCCUUAUUCACAUUUAGAUUGUUUUAUAAAUGUGGGAUGUCAUUGGCUUUUAAAUACUCACUACUUGGUGAUUUACUGAACAAAAACACACUCAAAUGAAACGCUGCCGGCCUAUUUUUUAGGGAUAAAGUUCAAACCCUUCUUUUAGACACUGCAUCACACGAUAGCUUUCUUUAAAACGAAUUAGACCGUAUUCGAAUGUAAUGAGCCUUUUCCCAAUCAAGGGCGGGGUGGGUGAAAUGAUUUGAUCUAUAUAUUUAACCGGUGAUAUCAAUAUCAAAGAGAAGUGGGGGCUGGAGGUAAGGUUGAAUGCCACAGCUCGUGGUGAAUAAAAACAAGGUCAACAUACGGGCUAUAACAAUGAGCAACUGCGUGGACGUCAAGGGUUUAACUCCGUUGAGUGCCAACAACUCAACAGCAUGAGACCACUCCGCACCCGAUGUCUGACACGUUUCCAUCAGACAAAAUGAGACAAUGUCAUCCCCUUCGUGUUGAUACAAUCAGGUAGCUAAUGCAUACGUUUACUGUCACUGACUUCAUCUCUCUCUCUCUCUCUCUCUCUCUCCCUCUCUUUCUCUCUCUCUCUCUCUCUCUUAUCGUUAUAUCUCCCCUCGCUCUCUCAUCUUUAUUCUACCUCUAUUUUUCUAUUAUUUACUAUUGACAUAACCGGAACAUUUUUAAUCUAGCUUCAAUUCCUAUCAUCGGGGAUAUUAGAAGAGAGAUAGGGAUUUAAAGUGUGUGGGGGGGGGGGACGCGCAUAAUUCAUUGAUUAAUGUAGCUCAUGUUGUAACUCAUUGGCAAACAAUUUUGUUUUUGUUUUCUUUGAAGCAGGAACACCAUUGUUCCAUUUGUGCCUCCAUGCAAUCAUAUUGUUAUGCAACCAUCGGAUAGUAUCAUUCACCGAAUGGUAUGCAAUCAUCAAGUGCCUUACAAUCACCAGAUGUUAACAUACAGGUGUUAUGAAGCCCAGAUAUGUCAGCGUUACAAACACAUAAUAAGAACACGAUCCAGAGAUGGGCUGGCAAACUGAAACUACGGUCUUUUAUCGCUUCAUUCAGAGAAUAUUCUUUAAUAUUCUUAGUUUGAGAUGCUUACUUGAGAAAUUUUUUUCGAUCAAAUUUCCGUUCGACCAAACUUCCGUUCACUCAAUAUUUUAAAAUUAUCUGCUUCUGAAGAUUAGAACCGAAAACUCGAACAGAUUGAAAAUAUCAUCUUGUCUAAACUUAUGCACCGAUGAGAACGCUAUUCGGUCAAAACGAUUUUUUUUUUUGCACGAGUCCCUGGUUGUGAAGAGUUGCUUCCCUCAAUUCAUACACCUGUGGAAAAGAAACAUUCCAAGCGAAUUUAAGCUAGGAGUUCGUUCUACCUUGAGAUGGAUUUUUCAUGAUCUUUUUUUUUUUGUGUCCAGAUCUUGAUGUCGUUAAAAUAGAAAAUAUGAUUCAUCCCAAAACCUCUUUGAGUGUGCUGUUUGUGAUCUACCAGAUUAACUUCAAAGGGAAUCAAUUAGUUUUUUGUUUUUUUUUAAUGAAAGAAAUUUACAAAAUUGUGAUCAAUGAUAAGCUGCAAUAAGUGUCUGUCACUAAAAGCUUUUACUCUGGAAUUCAUUUCAAUCUUUCGCACAGAUAUUAAUUGGAUGAGACAGUGUGAAAUCUGGUUACAUAUCAGACUUAUGUGGUGAGCUCUUGCACGUCAUUUCUAUGAAAGAGAGCACUAACUUUAAGCUUCAAUAAAAUAAUUUUUGACAUAAGCGCACUAGUUUUCUUCUUUUUACUGAUGUGGUUGGGGGGGGGGGCAGGGGGGGGAGACGAAUGAUCAAAACAUGUUUUACAUCCUAUUGUCUUUUAUAUAUAAUCCAAAUUUAAUUAAUGUCAUUUAACUAUGUUAGAAUAUUAAAUAUUACUUGUUUCAUGUAACCAUUUCGAUUUUUUGACAUAAGCGCACUAGUUUUCUUCUUUUUACUGAUGUGGUUGGGGGGGGGGCAGGGGGGGGAGACGAAUGAUCAAAACAUGUUUUACAUCCUAUUGUCUUUUAUAUAUAAUCCAAAUUUAAUUAAUGUCAUUUAACUAUGUUAGAAUAUUAACUAUUACUUGUUUCAUGUAACCAUUUCGAAAAGGAAAACAAGAGCCAGACUUAAAUGUUUUAAAUAUGUGUUUCUUUAUGUCAUCAUUGCCAAUACAGCCGCGUUCGCUUGCGUUUAUAUUCGGAUAAAGAAAACUUCUAAAGCGUUAUCUGGGUACAAAUAAAUUUAUGACGCAGUUAAAAACAAUUUGAAAAUCUACGAAUUAAAACGAAAAUGUUCCUCCUAUAAAAGGUAAUAUUUAUAAUAAAUCUUGUAUUCAUUCAAUUUGGGGUCCGCCGCUUUUCAGUUAAUAUUGAAUCUGAGCACAGCAAAAAAAAAACAAAAAAAAACAUGAUUUAAGGACAAAUAAGACUGAAAAAAUGUCUAAUUAAAAAGUAAUCAUCAACGCCAAAGCUAUAGCUGUUUAUCAAUAAACAUAAAAUAGUAUCCCGAGCAGGAAACCAGUCCAAACUGGGCCCUUUUAGCUGUCCAUAUGUCAGGAGCACCAUACAUAUAAUUUAGAUACAUAUUUUUUACAGUUAAUGUAUUCAACUUAAAGGGGAAGAAAUUUGCAAAGAUAUUGCCUUUUAAUUUUUUUACACCGAAAUAAUUUAAUCGUUAAUGUUUUACAGAUUUGAAGUUAGAUGACGAACAGACUUUUAUUUAAAAAUUUGUCUCUAUCAGAUCGUUUGAAAAAACCUCAAACAUAGAGCGGUUUAUUUUUUUUUUAAAAUUAGGGCCCUAAUGCAAUGGAAAAAAAAAAGUGUAUAUCAUUAGUUUGAGAUCCAACACUAUUUUGAAGGGAUUAUGAAAGGUAUUUUUUUUCCAAGUUUGACCUAUAUGCAACAAUGUAUGUAGAAGCUCGCAUUGUAACAAAGUCUCCAUGUACAACUUUGGCUAUUACAAAGAUAAUACGUUGUAUAACCUGCCACACUUAUUUUGGAAAUUUCUAGAAACUUCAAACGUAUCUUCAAAUCUGAUUUCAUAAGUGGGGACAAGUUCUAUAAGGUGAUGUUUUAAUGAUCACUAAGAUUGGGGCGCUAUAAAUUUUCUUCAAUUGAAUAUUAAAAUUACAAUUUAGAAAUCACUUUAAAAUCAGUUGGGAAAAAAAUGCAGUAGAUCUAGCAAAUGUAACCAAAAAAAAAAAUGAAAGGAGUGUCCCUGACACUGUGUUGCUCACUUCAGGAUAAAACGAAAUCCCCCCACCACCACCCCCUCUUUUUUUUUCAACCCCACUGAACCAAGAUAAUUUUUUUUUAUAAGUGAAUUCCCUGUCAGCAUUCCUUUCUGGUGCAUGUUGUGUUAUAACCAUGCAUUUCAAGUUUGAUCAAGCGUCCAUUAAUCCAAGUAGAAACGUAUGUGGUUAUAAACAGAAUGUUUUCUCUCAGGUUAUAGCAUGGUACCAGCACGAUAAUAGAGAUGAAUGCUUAAAACCCAUUUAGAGAUUGAAAUUUAAAACAUUAAAAUUUUGAUUAAUUGUAUUCAACUCAUUAAAAUCAUCGUCUAUAUACUGAGGAAAACCUUUAUAACAGUUAAUAUUUGUUGACGGUGGAGUGUCUGUACAGUUUUCAACUGAAACACUACCGUGCCAUUAGCUGCUGUCAUGCUGUCAGCUAAAAAUAAAUCUAGACACAAUAAAGUUUAGGUCUAGAUUUAUUUUUCACUGACACCAGCUAAUGGCACGGUAAUAAUGGCACACAAUAAGUUUGUGUGUGGCAUUUGAGAAUGUUAUAAUCAAUGUAAAACAUGUAAAUAAUUUGAUAAAAAUGAAAAUCUACAGUGGACUGAGAUGGUUCAGUGUGUAGCAAGUUGUGAUGUUGAGGCAUUGCCAUUUUGAAAAAAAAUGCCAGCACCCAUUAAGGGACGUAGAUUUAUAUAACGCUGAUUUGGGGCUACAUCACAAACUUGCGAUUCUCCAUUCCACGACACACACACACACACACACACAUACAUACACAUCUGCUAUACACAGAUGGUAAAAUAAUUUUUUUUUUUUAAAAAAAGAGAGAGAACCUCCUCAACGGCAAACCCUUAGUUACGCCAAAGUACACUUUAUGCCCGCCCCUGAACUAUGGGAUAAUUUUAUCAUAAUGCUCAGCCCUCCUCUUGCCAUGCAAUUUAAUGUCGUUUCUCAAAAUGCUACAACACGAAUCUUCGCAUAUUUAAAGAAUAUGAUUGUGUUAUGCUAAGGCUGCAGCUAUUCGGACCUGGGAUUCAAGAUUGAGAGGUUGCGUUUAUUAAAAAAUAUAAAAAUAGUAUUGUUGGGUUUGUAAGACAAAAUCCGGUAUCAAAUGGAAAAGAAUAUUGAAUGGAGUAUAUGUUUGUAAACUUACUUUUUCAGAUUAACUAAAAUAAACUACCACAAAUGACAUCUGAAUAGCGUUUAGUCUAAAGCAGCGGUUCUCAACCUGAGGGUCGCAACCCCUUUGGGGGUCGCCCGACCCUUUCACAGGGGUCACCUAAGAUCAUCUGAAAACAAAUAUACUCUUCAGUUAAAUAGUAGAAACGAAAAUAAUUUUGUGGUUGGGGGUCGCCACAACAUGAGGAGCUAUAUUAAAGGGUCACGGCAUUAGAUAGGUUGAGAACCACUGGUCUAAAGGGACCCGGGUCCGAAUAGCCACUUCAUUAUAUUAAACAGCUAAUCUUUUGUUUAAACAAAUAUUUUUUGUCAAAACUUUCAAAUUUAUAAGUCUUAGAAAAAUUAGCUUACAUAUAAGGCUUAGAAAAAGGAACUUACAUAUAAGGCUUAGAAAAAGGAGCUUACAUAUAAGGCUUAGAGAAAUAAGCUUGCAUAAAAGGCUUAGAAAAAUAAGCUAAUAUAUUAGGCUUAAAAGAUAAGCUACAUUUACGGCUUAGAAAAAUGAACUUACAUAUAUGGCUUAGAAAAAUGAGCUUACAUAUACGGCUUAGAAAAAUGAGCUUACAUAUAAGGCCUUUUUUUGGUAAUGUGAGUUCUUGUCUUGGACAUAGAAAGAAAAUCUGUUAAAAAAAAUAUUUCUUGGGGUGUAAAAAUAGAUGACAUUGUUGUGUGUUCGUUUAAAUGGAAUUCGGAAUAUAACGAAAGUUAAGAUUUUUUUUUAAACCAGCAACGUCCCGAUAUGACAUGUUAACAACGAAUCCCAUAGACAUCCACAGCUUAUUUAGUUAGUUUUUUGUCUUUUUAAAAAAAUGAAUUUUAGUUAUUUCUGAUCUUAUUUAUCUGUUAAACUGAGCUUUAUUUCACACUCUAAUUCACACAUUAAUACCAAACAUUGAGAGAGAUUUUUAUAAAAUGUAAAUAUCCUUACAAGUUAGUCGCUUAGGCUGCACUGCAAUAUUUAGCUGACAUUAGUGUUAAGAAAAGCCUGUUCUAAGAUGAAUUGGAAUUUUUACAUUUAAACUGAGCAAUAUGAAGAAAAUUGAACUUAUAUGAAGCAGUCUUAAAUUAAUUCUAAUUGACCUCAAAAUGGAAAAACAAUGUGUUAAAAUGUAUUGUUUGUUAAUUUCCAGACGAUUUAAAUUGUAUGAUAACGCAAUGAAGAGUGAAUUCUUUUUUAACAACUUGUAAAAAAAAAAUACAAGUUAAAUGAUCACUUAAUUUUAAAAUAUCAUUUUUUUAUCAAAUCUUGUGACAUGAGCAUUGGAAUAAGAAAUGUAUUUUGAAAAAGACCAAGGUAAAAAAGGUACUAAUUCGUGAACUUCUAUUCCAUCUCUUACUAACUCUCACAGAAGAAGAUAUUCAUUAGCUAGUUAAUCGUCUAUCACACGUUAGGAAACAGUUGGGACUGUCAAUUAGUCUACAGAAAACAGAUGUCAUGAUGCAAGAAGCUCCGUCCCCUCCAGUCAUAUCUAUUGAGGGCCAUAAUAUGUAUGUUGUUGGGCAUUUCACAUACAUUGGAUCCAAUAUUUAUAGUUAUCUCUCCGUUGAAGAAGAGGUAAAUAUUAAGAUCGCAAAAGCAGCAGCAACUCUGGCUAAGCUGAAUAAGCGGGUGUGGAAUAAUUGCAAUCUAACUGAUAAAACAAAACUAAGUUUCUAUCAGGCAUGUGUGCUUAGUACGCUCCUGUAUGGCAGUGAUGUGUGGACCACAGAUUAUAAGUCAUGAGCAAAAACUCAACAGCGUCCAUCAAAAAAAUCUGCGUCGCUUUUACGCAUUCCAUAGCAGGACAGGGUGCCUAACACAGAGUUCUUGGAACGUGCAAAUAUGUCAAGCAUAUUCUCUGCUCUUGGAAAGAGGCGCCUUCGCUUAUUCGGUCAUGUUAGGAGAAUGGAGGAAGGCCGUAUCCCAAAGAUGCUGUUGUAUGGAGAGUUGGCAGAAGGGACAAGACUUGUUGGACGGCCAAGUCUGAGAUUUAUGGACGUUUGUAAAAGGAGCACGGGGGAAGCCAACAUUGAAAUCAACAAAUGGGAGAUCACUGCCGAACAACGUUCCAUCUGGCGAACAGCAGUUUAUGAAGGAGUCAAAAAGGAAGAAUAUGCGCGAAACGAAGCCCUUGCAACAAAAAGAACAAUACGAAUCUAACCAGGAAUCAAUAUUCUCCUGCGAGAAAUGCAGUCAAGAUUGUCCUUUCAGGACUGGCCUAGUGAGCCACUCGUCAAAGUGUAGGACUACAUAGCUUCUUCAUUGUCUAGCGAAAAUGGACGGAUGCCAUCUAUUAUUAUUUUGUUUUCCCGAAAUUGAUUGAAUUAAAUUAAGGUUUAGUAAAUAUGGAGUGUAAAAGGAGGUGGGAAAUUAGAAUGUUAAUUUAUUUCAGGAGCAUUAAAAAAUGUGCGUUAAAAUACCUUUAAAAAGGGGGGGGGGGGGGGGGGGAAUUAGCACUGAUUGUAAUUUUAUUAAAUUAAGGUUUAGUAAAUAUGGAGUGUAAAAGGAGGUGGGAAAUUAGAAUGUUAAUUUAUUUCAGGAGCAUUAAAAAAUGUGCGUUAAAAUACCUUUAAAAAGGGGGGGGGGGUGGGGUGGAAUUAGCACUGAUUGUAAUUUUAAUAAAGUGCGUUAAUUGAUUGCGUGUUUUUUCAAGUAACUUUAGUAGAUGGCAAGUUCAAGUACUGCCCCAGGCCAUUGUUUUGUGGGCUAUUACUAGUAAACUAAAUAAUUCAAGCCUUGUUACAAAUUAUCUUCGUGUAAUUUUCGAGAUGAACCCAAUCUAAGAUGUGUUAGUCUAUUUUGUACUUAACCUCAUUUGUCAAUCUACGUUUAGAUAAAAUAAUUCCUCCAAUUUGACUUGAAUUAAAAUUUGUUUGUCUGUUUUAGUUUUGGUCAUUCGUUUGUCAGUAAUUUGUCAUUCUUUUGUAUUUUUUUUUUAUUAUUUUUUUUUUUUUUGCUGGCAUCCGUCCGUCACAAUGUGACGAUUUUGAAGACUUCGCAGGACGAGAUCCACAAGGCGGGGGAUUUUUCUUCUAGUAUUAUAAGCUGGUUCCCUACUUUUUUUUUUUUUUUUAUUUUUUUUUUUUUUUUUUUUUUUUAUUUGUUUUUUUUUUUUAUUUUUUUUUUUAUUAUUUUUUUUUUUUUUGCUGGCAUCCGUCCGUCACAAUGUGACGAUGUUGAAGACUUCGCAGGACGAGAUCCACAAGGCGUGGGAUUUUUCUUCUAGGAUUAUAAGCUGGUUCCCUACAGCAAAUCGCCUCUCUCCACGCCACUGGAUAACCCAAUGGAACAUCAUGUGGAUUAUGAAGCUUGGAACCAGUGGCGUCGCAAGAGUUGUCGGAUUGUUUCAUUGUGCUAAUGUUAUCCGCCUACGGGACUCCAUCUCCGGGUUUGAAUUCAGAGUUCAUUCCUCUUAGAUGAGUUGCCAUCCAAGGUUAACGAGUCCCAUCCACCCGGAGUGCUGGUGACUUUUUUUUUUUGCUUGACUGGAUUUUGGCUGGAAUUGAACUCCAGACCACCAACCCAGCUUGCAUUUUAUUAGAUGUGUAGAUAUAUAUUUUAAAAUCUGUAUAUUAUAAAUUUUAUUGUGUUAUCUAAACUGCCUCUAAAUUCAUACUUAUGUUUUGAGUUUACUUUCAGGUUUCAAGUUAAACUCUGUUAUAAAAAAAAAUCCUAUUGCUACAGCACCUCGAAACUUUUGAAGCUCUUCACUGCAUAGGACACUUUUUUAGACAAUCUUAGUACAUCCAUCCUGUCGUCCUCUAAAGUUUUUAAAGCAAUGGAAGGAGUAGAAUGAAUUGUUUUAUGGUGAGCUGAUGGAUGGACGGCAAGAUGGACCGACAGAUGGGAUGAUAAUGUUAACCGAUAGAUGGUCAGAGUUAAAACAAGUGGAGUAACAAAAAUGGAAAAUCAUAAUUAGUAAGUCAAUAUCUGCUAGUGAUAAUAUUUAUAUGUUAUCACGUCGUAUAAACUUAAGUGUGCUUUGAAUAUGGUAUAAAGUGGAUUUGAUUUUUACGGUACAUGUUAUCUUCUCUAAUGUUUUUUGGUCAAAUAUUAAUGUAUAAAUAAUAAAGUUUAUUUCAAAAACACGCUUCAUCCCCAAAGGCUCGAAGCGCGGUACAAAGUGAAAUAAUAAUGUAUAGUUGAAUUACUGUUACCUACAAAAUGUCACUGCUUUAAAUAUAACUAAUACUAAAGAUCGUGGCUAAAGCCGACAAUUCGCGCCAUGACGUGCUUUACGUGUUAUUUAACUUAAUAGGUUUAGUUUUUGGGUUAGGUUUAGGGAUAGACUUAGUGGUCAGGAUAGGGUUAGUGAUGUUUAGAGUGACCUUUCACGGGUCGUGGCAACCAAGAUGGUGGCCGUGUCGCGGAUUGUCUGAACAUUUUAAUAAUAACUAACUAAAAAAAAAAUUCAGAACAAAAAUGGAGCUGUUACAUUUUUUUAAUUAAAAAAAAAAAGAACUUAAGACUGCUUUAAUUCAAUAAAUCAUUUAUUUGACUUCGGUUGUCAAACCAGGUCAAAGGUCGAUAUCCUACAACAGGGGUGGGCAAAAUGCGGCCUUCGAAGGUAUUUAGAAAUUGAAACAUUUACUUUGUUUUUAAGUUAUUUUGUUGAACUUGAUAUAAUUUCUUGUACAGUUCAUGAAUGUUGUUAAUAGUAAAAAAAAAAUAAUCCUAAAAUAAUUUAUUUUAUUAUUAUAUUUUUUAAACAACUUGGCUGUCUUGGUGACAUAUCAACAGCCAAUGAAUUGUAAUUACAUAUGUAUUGUAUCGAAAUAAUAGUAAUGUUUCUCCUAACUGCUUCAUUUAUUUCCGUUCACAGCAUUAAAGAGGCUGAAAGGCUGACAGAGAUUAGCCAAGGAAUAGACGACUACUACCUGUGGGUCUUGUGUGGCGUGGGCUUGCCGGCCAACAUCAUGACCAUCGUCACGAUCCUCACAAUGCAGGCGAUGACGCCGGCCACGUUCUUCGUGACCUGCCUGGCUUACUUCGACGGCAGCGCACUGUUGGCCAAGUUGGUCAUCAAGCUACUCAUCCACCACGCCACCAGCUACCUGAACGUCCUGUGCGUGAUGGAGUUCAUCCCGAUCUUCCUGCAGACCGUAGCCAACUGGAUGCUUGUGUUCAUCUGCGUGGAGAGGUUCAUCUCGGUGUGCUAUCCAUUGAAGAAAGUUUACUUGGUGACGAAGCGGAGAAGUUACAUCUGCGCAGCCGUGGUCGUCACGGGCUUUCUCGUAUUCUUUGCAUCGGUUUUUGGGGUCAUGAGGAGAAACCAAGGGCUGAAGUGCACGAUGUAUCCAGCCUUCGCCUGGUUCUGGGACGAGGUUUGGAAGUGGAUCCUCUGCUGUCUGCUUAUUUUCUUUCCGUUCGUUUCCAUCCUCGGCCUGACCAUCGCCAUCAUCCGAGGACUACGCAACUCAUCCCGAGAUCGCCGCAGCCUUCUCAGGAAAGGCAGCGGAAGUGUGACGAACGCGUCGGGCCACCAGCGGAGCUCGGCGAUCAACGAGCGACAGAUCGCAGAAGCCGAACGGCUGGAGCGAACGAUAACUCUCAUGAUGGUCCUUGCCGCCAUAUUAUUCUUGGUUUUCUCCCUUCCGUCCGGUGUUUACUUUUUGAUGCCCAGGCAAUCUGAUGGAAUAGAAUAUUAUAGACAGUUUCUUUUGGGACAAGUUCAAUACCUUUUGCUGGACACCACCCACGCUUUGAAUUUUUUUCUUUAUUUUUUUACUGCUAAACGUUUCAGAAGUCAGUUGAUCAAAAUUGUGUGCUGUAAGAAGUGUAGAAAACGCUUUAGAAAGAGAAAUAAGCUCAACACUAAAACGGGGAAAAAACAAAGUUUAAGCCUCACAGAGAUCACUCAUGUGGGAACCUAAUGAACUUGCUAUGGGAUAGGUUAACAUUCUGUGGACUCAAGUGGACUUAAAUUUGAACUUAUUGUGGAACUCUCGUUUACCUUUUGUGUGAUGCUGGUUAUAUAGCUAACGUGAUGUGGCUGAAAUAGUCAAUUUGAUAUGGUUUAAAUAUAAGCAGUGUACAGUCUCUGAACAAUAGAAGCGAUCACAAGGGUUCUGCGAAUUUUACAGUCAGUGCUGUGGUGACUUGUACAAACACACCAAACUGAGUGAAUUUGGAAAACAAGCUGAUCCAGACUUAUGGAACCUUGGCACCAUGUGGCAUGAAUUACAUGCUCUCAUUUACCUGUUAAACCUUUUCUCCGCCCAUUUUCGUUACGACCAAUCACAGUGGACUUACUUAUUCUCUCUUUUUUUCCCUUUUAAUCUCUCACCUUCGUAUAUUCUGUCACUCUCCUCUUGCUGUCCUCUCGGAUACUUCAUUUCAGCUAAGUGUUAUUUUUUAAAAUGUAAUUAUCGUUUUACUGUUUGUUUGCUGAUGAAGGCUUCUUGCCGACACGUUCUUUGUUUUGUUGCGUUCUUUUUUUUAAUGUUUUUCCAUUGAUAUGGAUUAUAUCUUGAAUUUGAUGUUGGUCGUGUAAAAUGCACAGCAGUUUCGGGUAGGUGUGUCGACAUUAUCUCAUUGAACCUAAAACGUGAACCACUGUGUAAUACGUGUUCAACUUGAUCAACUGUCCACUUGUGAUAAGGUUGUGAGCGCGUAAAUAUCGUGAAAAUACCCCAUGAUGGUCUCUGCCAACGGCGGUAUACGGCGAGUUGUAUACACACAGGAAGACAACACAUCUUCACUCUGCACAGAUGUCACAUGCGGGUGAGUUUCUGGGGAGGUAGUGAGGAGGAAAAAGCUGUGCAGAAUGACGUUUUUGGCUCACUACCACAGGUUUCUGUAUAAAUACAUUUUUUGUUUAAAGUAGAAGAGUAGCACAGCGCAUAGAAGCCGAAUGUAAAUGUCACCAUGCCCUUCUGAGACAGAGCUGCUCAAUAGUUUUAAUGUGCGACGUCGAGGAAACGAGAAGCUCGUCUGUAAUAACGUUCAAAUGUAAAACGUGUUUUAGGUAAUACUAGACCUCCUCCUAAACAAGUGAAGCAGGAAGGCGAAUCUCAUCUCCCCCACAAAGCAAAACCUGUUG